GGCACAACUUCACUGAAGAAAGGCAUCGCCGACUUUGCGAUUUGGGGUCAUACUCUAUGUCAUCCCUGGUGAAUCACUUCUCACCGACGGUAGUAAUGGCGAUGAUGACGACGAAAGCGAGGAUUAUGACGUUGAGACUGGCGCAUGCAGUAGACGUCGCAGGCUUUUGUUUCUGUGAAGGGAAAGAUUUUCUGGAGCUUUGGGAAAAAACGGGCGGCGUAGCCCAGGACGUUUCCGACCUCCGUAAGGAGGAGAGCCAGGGGUUUACUGUCCCGAUCAUUCGGUGGUUGUUCGCGGAAAAGUCGCCGAGAAAUGCUCGGCAUUGGCCUUAAAGCAUGCUGUCGGCCUCAUAGAGAAACCGGAAGCCCAUGAUGAAGAAGACCAGACGCCUGGACUUUGUGGGCUUAUCCGAGCAAUCGCCAGGCGGGUACCCAACAUCUCUUUAGCGAAACUGACGAAGAAUACGGCCAUGGCGAUGCAAAAGGCACCGGAGACUGAUCACGGUAAACUUUAAAUAAAGGAACAUAAGGAAA